AUGGAAAAGGUUUUCGGGACGUUUCGUACCGAAACCCUUUAUCAGGACAUCAUGAACAGUUUCCAGGCGGUCCUGAUUACCGAUGGGUUACAAUCAUUUAUCAUCUUUAACUACGGGAAUAUUGAAUGGACUACCGGGACAGCGAGUGGUGGCAACCCGUUGACCGGACUUGGCGGGACCCCAGCACAGGCUGGCUUCAACAGUGGGGACUCCACGAGAUUCUUCACGAUUCCUGGGUCCCAGACGUCAGAGAUCAUCGGUAUCGAGACAACCAGCAACGUGGACGAACCUGGUCGGUGGGUCUUCAGGACGGAUACAUUCGAAGCACUCGGGGGUUGUAUAUAUAAUGGUGAGGAAUAUUCAAUUAAAUUAGUGUGA